AUGGCCGACGCAGACACCCAGAGCACGUCGACGUCGGCGGUUUUGGUGACGUUGGUGCUGAACCUGAUCCUUCUUGGGUGCUUUGUAGGAGGGUUCUUGAUCCUUCGACUCAAGUUCAAGAGAAUCUACUCGCCAAAGUCCUCAUUUGACUUGGUGCCUGAAGAAAAGAAACCAGAGCCAUUACCUUUGGAUCCAGUGCGUUGGAUUUUUGUUUUGCUCACGAAGCCCCACUCCUUUAUCCUUCAACAGUGUGGCAUGGAUGGUUACUUCUUCUUGCGCUACCUCAUCAUGUGCGCUAUGACAUUUCUUGGAGGCAUGCUCAUCUGGGUGAUUUUGCUUCCUAUAAAUGCCACAAAUGGCAAUGGCCACGACGGGUUGGACCAGCUCUCAUUUGCCAAUGUGAAACACCACAGAAGGUACUACGCACAUGCAUUCAUGUCGUGGUUCUUCUACGGAGGGGUCAUUUACAUGAUCUACAGAGAACUAUUCUUCUACAAUUCACUUAGAGCCGCUGUUUUGUCGUCGCCCCGUUAUGCCAACAAGUUAUCUUCUCGUACCGUCUUGUUCCAGUCGGUGCCAGAUGCGUUUCUUGACGAGAAGCAGUUUGUCAAGCUUUUCAACGGCGUCAAGAGAAUCUACGUUUCCAGAAACGUCAGGCGCUUGGCUUACAAGGUCAGGCAAAGAGAGGCCUUCGCCAUGCAGUUGGAGGCGGCUACCACGCAGCUUUUGGUGAAGGCAAUGAAGGCCAAAAAGAAAAUGGACAAAAAGGGUGUUCAGGUUGAGGACCCAGAGGACAUCAAUUCGUACGUGCCGGAGAAAAAGAGACCCAGAUGCAAAGAGGGCGGCUUCUUCUCCAAAAAAGUCGAUAAAAUCGAGUAUUUGCGGAAUAAACUUCAAGAGCUCGAUGAAGAGGUCAAGAAGCAUCAGAAAAAAUACAGAAUGGCCAACCCCAAGAAUACGCUUUUUGUCGAGUUUGAGGACCAGUUUUCUGCUCAGUUGGCUUAUCAGAGUGUUGUUCACCAUACUCCAAUGAGAAUGACCCCUGCUUAUAUCGGAUAUGAUCCCGCUGAUAUUGACUGGGAUAACAUGCGUCUCUUCUGGUGGGAAAGGAUCACCAGAAAGCUUAUUGCCCUGGCUGCUAUCAUUGCGUUGAUCAUCUUCUGGGCUAUCCCCGUGGCGUUUGUCGGUGUAAUUUCUAACAUCAAUAACUUGACGGAGAAGCUUCCUUGGUUAGGAUGGAUUCAAAACUUGCCCGACUGGCUUCUUGGUGUGGUUACCGGUUUGUUGCCAACCAUCAUGUUGUCCUUGUUGAUGACUCUUUUACCUAUGUUCAUCAGAGGCAUGGCUAAGAUCGCUGGAUGCGUCUCAUUCCAACACACUGAGGACUUCACACAAAACUGUUACUUCGGAUUUUUGACUGUGAACUCUUUCCUUGUGACUGCCUUGGCUUCCUCUGCUACUGCAGCUGUGGCACAGAUCAUUAACAACCCAACAUCUGCCAUGAAUCUUUUGGCUGCAAACUUGCCUAGAUCUUCUAACUUCUUCAUUUCCUACCUCAUUUUGCAGGGGUUCACCAUUGCUGGUGGUGCGUUGUUUCAAGUUGUCACGUUUUUCUUGUUUUACAUCCUUGGUGCUCUUUUGGACAAGACACUUAGGAAGAAGUGGGCAAGGUUUUCCGGCUUAGGUAUAGUCAUGUGGGGUACAACGUUCCCUAUUUUCACUAACCUUGCUUCCAUUACCUUGGCGUUUGCUAUCAUUGCUCCGAUGAUCUUGUUGUUCGGAUGCGUGGCUUUCCUUUUGGCAUUCAUUGCUUACGGUCAUAAUUUGACAUACUGUUUCGUGGAGGCUCCUGAUAACAGAGGUUUGCACUACCCAAGAGCACUUUUUCAAACUUUUACAGGUUUGUACUUGGGCCAGGUUUGUCUUUUGGGUUUGUUUGUUGUCGGUAAGGGUUGGGGUUGUGUCGCCUUGCAGGCCAUCGGAAUUGCAUUUACAGCUUUCUGCCAUAUCAACUUGAAAGAGGCAUUCGGCAGGUUGACUACUGUCCUCCCAAUAGAUUGCAUGAAGCCAUUGGAUGGCUUUUCUAAAACCGUUUCGUACCAAGGAGAGUCAGACUUCAAGACCAAGGUGCUUGACAAGAGGAAAAAUGAAAAGGCUGAUCUUCUUAAAGAAGACCAGAAAGACCAUGAAAGGGUGGAAGAAGAUACUCAACAACUCGAAGGUGGACAGAACCUUGUGCCAUUACUCGCAGAUCGUGAUUUUAAGACCACAGAGUCUAAAAACUGGCUCGUAAGGUUUGUCCGUCCCGACGUCUUCCUCAAUUUCAGGCACGCCAAAAGGAUGAUCCCUGCCACGUAUAACAUGGAAGAGGAAGUCGUUGACGACAAGCACGCAUUCGAUCAGCCAGCAAUUGCGGCGCAGAUGCCAAAAUUAUGGAUUCCUAAGGAUCCAUACGGAUGGUCACAGAAAGAAAUCGAGAGCAAUCGAAAAAUCAUUGAGAUGACUGACGAAAACUCUGGCUUCAGCGAGAACUGCAAGCCACAGUUCUUUGGGGAGUCCCCUGUUUAA